AUGCGUCCUUUUCGAUUCCUACUGUUACUUAUAUUCUUCGUUGCUCUCCCUAUAGCGCUGACCUUCUGGUCGUUCGUCGCGGCCGGUGCCGAGAGCCCUGCAGAUUCAUUUAAUGCUGGCUACAAUACCAGGCCAAGUCGCUUAAGGGCGCUCUUCUCAUUCUCGACCCCCUCCUCCUUGUUUCCACCCUCGGCUGUCAUUAGCCUUACCAACGACAACUCGACCUUCUUCUUGGCGCGGCCUGCUGCCUUCGGACCAAGCCUGCCAUCGAGGGGGCUGAGUGGACAACUAUGGGUAGGAAAGGGUUUUGGGGACGAUGCCUUGUUAAAGGAGGAGAAUCUCCAUCUAGCAGGAUGGGAACUUGGUUGCUCAGACGUUCCAGGUUGGGCUGAAGAAAAGGCACAGAGCAUCAAACACGUGACGGCUGUCACACACGAUGGAGGAAAGACAAGACUGCCCAGAAGCCUGGACAGUAUUGGGACCGAACACGACAACGUCGCAAUGGAUGGGUCCCUAAUCGAAGACGACGGUACUGACGACUAUCUGCACCGUCCACUUCGUGAUUCGAACCCUGCAACCUCUGGCCAACCUGGCGAGCCUGCAAAAGCCGAGUCGGACAAGAACAAGACGCCUACACAUGCCGAUAUUGAGUCCUUACAGGAAAGCGCUGCUAUCGCAGGCAAGAUCGUCAUGCUCAGUCGGGGCGGUUGCGGAUUCCUGGAAAAGGUCAAGUGGGCUCAGCGUCGUGGAGGCAUCGCCCUGAUCGUGGGAGACAACGAAAAGGGUGCGCAGUUGACCAUCAUGUAUGCCAAGGGCGAUACUUCCAACGUCACAAUACCGGCACUCUUCACGUCAUAUACUUCCGCUCAUCUGCUCUCUUCGCUUGUCCCAGCUGAAGAGAAGGGCGAUGAGGAAACCAACACCGUGAACUCCGGGAAAAGUCCAAACCAAAACCAGGAGGAAAACAAGCCUGUUUUUACAUCUACGAAGCCCUCGCGCUCGCGAGCUACCACUGUACAAGGGGACAAGGAAGAAACAGACAACAGCUGGGUAGGCAAUGUAUUGUCAGCCAUGGGCCUUGACGACAAUUCUCCAUUUUCGCAACACGAGGACAGCCGCCGACCUCCCAGCAGUGGAAAUGUAGAAUGGGUGCUAGUAGAAGACUGGAAGGAAGAAGCACGCCCAGAUCCUUUGGAGGAGGCAAAUACGGUCCCUAGUCUUCCCACCUCGUCUGCAACGGCAGCCAGGCCUAAAGCCACGAGCGCGAAACGCCCAGGCGAAGACGACUUCGUAAUUGGUGUCCAAGAUUGGCGAGACGCUGACCUCGUUGCACCGAAGCCCGCCACUACCUCAUCGAGUAGUGCCGGAAAGGCCGGGAAGGAUGUUGUUCAAGAUACGCUCAGCUUGGUGAAGACAUCAAGCAGUCCAGAAGCCACUCUCAAGGGCGGCAGCAUCACGCCGGGAAGUGGAGAGUAUGAUCACGAGAAAUCUGAACCUCUGAACCGCUUCAACCGUGGCAAAGCUCCUACAAAUCAAAGAUACGGCCAUGACACGGACCGUCAAAGUAGAGAAAGGGCCUCGUGGCUCGAUGUCUUCCGGUCUGGUGCGUCUCCAAAGAAGUCGGACGGAGGACCUUCUGCAGAGCAGAGCAGUCAGGGAGAGAAGGUUCCAAGUACCAAUUCAGCAGCACCGGAACAAGACAACGAGCACACUGGCUUGUGGGUAACCCUCACACCUACCAGCGUCUCGACCAGCCCGUUCUUCGACACUCUACUGGUCCUGGUCGUCAGUCCGCUCGUGACUUUGACGGUUGUGUACGCACUUCUACUCCUGCGCUCGCGUAUCCGACGAAGGAGAUGGCGUGCACCAAAGUCCGUGGUCGACCGGUUACCAGUCCGGACAUACCAUACGAUGACCACAGCCUCCUCGACAACAUCGGCACAAGCAUCCCCAGAGCAUGCAUCACCCACCUCUCCACUCCUUAUCUCGACGAGUCAGAACGUCUCUCAGCGCCCUCGGCCACGCUCGCAGACGACUGCAGGCAGUUUCGCGGGUGGCACGAGCGCCGAGAGUCAAUUUUCACAGCCCAGAAGCCCUCAAAACGAGAAGUUAACCACCUCUCCGAAACCUGCAAAACGAAAACGCUACACUGGCCGGCAAGUUGAAUGCGUCGUCUGCCUCGAAGAGUACGUCGAUGGCGAAAGCCAAGUCAUGUCCCUCCCUUGCGGACAUGAAUUCCAUGCCGAGUGCAUCACGCCGUGGCUGGUGACCAGGCGGCGGACUUGCCCAAUCUGUAAGGGCGAUGUAGUACGGAGCAUGGCCCGCCAGCGGGCACCACAUGUCGCCGAAGGUGACGAGGAGGAGGAUAGCAGCGCCGAAACCGGCAUGCGCCACGACGAGAGUACGAGCGAUGAUAUACAGAACCGCGUCGCCCAGACAGUCAACGAGGAGCCAAGUGCCGCCAUUCCCAUCCCUACCAUCGGUCGCGAGGAUGAAGAUAUCGAACUCGGCCAGGACCCGGAUGUUCCCCUGCUGGGAGGCGACGAGUCCGGACAGUCCAUGUGGAGGAACAUUGUCAGCGCAAGCGUUAAUCGCCUGAGUGGCGAUACGCUAUGGAGACAGACGCCCGUCGACCGGAACCGAUGA